AAAAUAUAUAUCCACCUAAGAGCUUCACUAAAUUAUAGUAACAAUGACACUGUUAAGUGUUCAAGAAUUGGCUUUCCUUUUUGGCCUCUUAGGUAAUAUUGUUUCAUUUAUGGUGUUCUUAGCACCAGUUCCAACUUUUUACAAAAUAUACAAAAAAGGAUCAUCAGAAGGGUUUCAAGCGAUACCAUACGUCGUUGCAUUAUUCAGUGCAGGACUAUUGCUAUACUAUGCUUAUCUCACAAAAAAUGCCAUCCUCAUCGUCACCAUUAAUGCCUUUGGAUGUGUUAUUGAAUUAAUUUACAUAUUAUUGUUUCUCUUUUAUGCUUCCAAAAAGUCCAAGAUGACAACAGUGUGGUUGAUGCUCUUGGACGUGGGAGCGUUAGGAAUUGUGAUGCUAUUUUCUUAUUUAUUUGCAAAAGGCUCCAAAAGAGUAGAAAUAGUUGGAUGGAUUUGUGCUACCGUCAACAUUGCUGUCUUUGCCGCUCCUUUAAGCAUAAUGAGGCAAGUAAUUAAAACGAAGAGUGUAGAGUUCAUGCCCUUUACUUUAUCAUUAUUCCUCACUCUCUGUGCCACGAUGUGGUUCUUCUAUGGAUAUUUCAAAAAGGACUAUUACAUUGCUCUUCCAAACGUGCUGGGAUUUCUGCUUGGAAUUGUUCAAAUGAUACUAUAUAUUGUCUACAAAUAUGCGAGGAGAAAGUAUAAUAGAGAAUGGGAGCUUGAAGGAAUUGACAUUAAUAUCAAGACAGAUGGUGAUUUUGAACACAAAUUCGUGAGCUCAAUGGAGAAGCCUUCUUUGGAGAAUGGGGAUAUGACGAGCGUUUUGACUUUGAAGUAAAGCGGGGCGAAUUAAAAUUAGUCGGACUAAUAUAUUUACAAUAUUAUUGAAAUAUACUAGUAUUAAAAAAACGUUAUUUUAUGUUUAUGUCUAAAUUCUAAAGUGGUCUUGUCCGCUCCUCAUCUUGAAUGCAUGCCCUUCUGAAUGUAUCAUUCUUUUAAAUGUUAAUGUAUGGGUGCGGAUCAACCUAUUAAUCAUG